AAUCUACUUCAGGAUCAAUGACAUUCAGCUGAUUCUGUAUCAUUACUUGGUUAACUACCUCACAAACUUGAUAUUCCAGACAAGCUGUUAUAAAACCGGUAUGUACUGGGAAUUUAAGCAACAGAGACGAACCUGUAUAUAAAUACAAUACAGAUAAUCACUUUCAGUAUUUUCACGUUCGUGUUCUGAUGUGAGGAAAAUGUUUUCAACUGUGUUGAGAAAUGCAUGUAGAAACCAACAUCAAUUUUCUGCUUUGAAGUACAUAGCAGUGGUCAGUGUUGCCACCAGACUUGGUGUAGUACAUGGAUCAAAGAGUAUCUGUACAACACCCCAGGUGUGUAAGGAUGAGGUGAAGGCAGCCCUGGAUGCUGUCAAACCUUCCACAGCAGGAACAACUAUCUUUACCAAGAUUCUGGAUAAAACCAUACCUGCAGAUAUUUUAUAUGAGGAUGAUAAGUGCAUGGCCUUCAGUGAUGUAGCUCCCCAAGCUCCAGUACACUUCCUGGUAAUCCCCAAAAAACCCAUCACAGGAAUCAGUGCUGCACAACAGGAGGACCAGCAGCUCCUAGGCCAUUUACUACUGGUGGCAAAGAAUGUUGCUGAAAAUCAGAAGCUCGACAAUGGUUACAGAGUGGUGAUCAAUGAUGGGAAAGAUGGGGCACAGUCAGUGUUCCAUCUCCACAUCCAUGUGUUGGGAGGACGCCAGAUGUCUUGGCCGCCCGGCUAGCAUUAUCCAAUAUACAACCAAGGGACGUGAGCUGUUGGUUUGUCCAAGACAUGUUAUACAACAAAGGUUUAAAACCAUCUUUUUGUGUAACAGUUGUUUUUAUUAAAUAUUAUUUAAAAGUCA